AAAAUGGAACUCACCAACCUGCUGAGACUAAGUCCAGAUCAGAACAUCUCCCUUUCCUUCAGCGAGUUCAUCCUGUACCCAUUUCCUGGAGUAACCAAUCACAGACAGAUCCUGGUCCUCCCAUUCUUCUCCAUCUACAUCGCCAUUGUUGUCCUGAACUUUGUUAUUUCUUACACGGUGUGGUGGCAGAAGAGUCUGCACAACCCCAUGUAUGUUCUGAUUGCUCUUCUUCUGGCCCUAAAUAUCGUCGGCACCACCGCGGUGGUUCCCCUGAUGAUACAGAGCUUGUUGGGACAAAACAAGGUUCCCUUCUCAGGCUGUCUGUCCCAGAUGUUCUUCGUCUACUCUACUACCUUGUUCAAGUCCGUUGUGCUCCUGUUAAUGGCCUUUGACCGGUAUAUAGCGAUCUGUAGACCACUACGCUACCACAACAUUAUCAACCGGAGCUCUCUGAUCCAGGCGUGGAUGGUUGGGUUGGCUAGGAAUAGUCUUCUUGUGUUACUAGUUGUUUUUCUGGCGUCAAGAGCUCAGUACUGCAAAUCCAACAUCAUCCUGAACUUCGUCUGCGAAUACGGGGUCCUUCUCAGCUUGGCCUGCGGAGAAGUCUUCAAAAUCCAGAUGGUGGGUGUGAUGGUGAGGAUGGGGGUCACCUUAUCUGAUGUCACCAUUCUCUUGGUCUUCUAUGUGAAAGUUCUCAGGGUGGCCCUGAAGAUCGCAGCCAGUAGCGCGCGGGGCAAAGCCUUGAACACGUGUGGGAACCAUCUGCUUGUAGCUCUUACUGUUUAUUUAUGUGGGAUUUUGUCUUCCAUCUUCUACAAGGUAGAGGACUCCGUUUCGUAUGACUUUCAGAACCUCUCCAGUGCCAUCUACUUCCUGUUUCCGGCCAUAGCCAACCCAGUUAUUUAUGGGUUGAGGGUUACUGAAAUUAAAGACUGUUUGAUGAAGCCCUGGAAAAAGAAAUCUUCAGGAAGUUUAAAUAAUGUCUGAUGGGUACCAGGGCUUUUUUCUCAGAGAAUAGGUGCAGGUACUACCCCCUUUACAUCACCCCAUCCACCUCCUAGCACUGUGCUUUGU